UUUGCAGGCAAAGAUGUGAAACAUUAUAACCUGUUUAUUCGUCUGGUGUAGUGCAAAGAUAAUUUGACGUUUAGGGUAGAAGUCAGUUUUCAUUAUAGCGUGAGGCGUGUGGGGAGUGAAGGAUGAUGAGGUAUUAGUAAUAGGAAGGUAAGAUUAAAGCCAAGAUGGCUGAGUUUGUGAGGGGUGGACCGGCGACGGGGAUAAUUCUGCCGAAAGAAAAGCUUCAGGGUUCCCCUAGCACAGGGAGUGAUGAAGGACACGACGGUGCUAUUGGGGAGGAGUUCGAUCCUUUUUUGGGAGACGCCGAAGAAGCUGAAGGUGCUAAUGUGUCAACGGUAGUAGCACCUCCUGAAAAUUUAUGGUACCAUGGACGGCUUGAUCGGUAUACAGCCGAAGAACGUCUAUGGCAAGCAGCAAAAAUGGGAAGUUACCUUGUUCGUGAAAGUGACAGAAAACCAGGGUCGUAUGUGUUAUCGUAUCUUGGCCGAACAGGAAUCAAUCACUUUAGGAUAACUGCUGUCUGUGGUGAUUUCUACAUCGGUGGUAGGCAGUUCGAUUCACUGUCUGAUCUCAUAGGUUACUACACAAGCUGCUCAGACCUUUUGAAACGCGAAAGGUUAAUGCAUCCUGUUCCUCCACCUGAACCAGUAAACGAUAAGAAAAGAAUUGUUGCCAUUUUACCAUACACCAAAAUGCCUGACACUGAUGAGCUAAGUUUUCAGAAAGGUGAUAUAUUUUUUGUCCAUAAUGACAUGGGAGAUGGAUGGCUGUGGGUAACGGCACAUCGGACUGGUGAACAGGGAAUGAUUUUCCGAGAUUUGGUUGAAGACUUGGAUGAAAAUAUUGAUCCAAAUACUGUUUUUAGUUGGUUUCAUCCGAAUGUUACCAAAAGUGAAGCUGUUGAUAUGCUUGUUAAAGCUGGACCGGGAAGCUUCCUUGUUAGACCAAGUGACAACUCACCUGGAGACUAUUCUCUGUUCUUUCACAUCAAUAAUCAGAUUCAAAGAUUUCGUAUUGAGAAGAAGGGUGUUCGAUAUUUGAUGGGUGGCCGUACAUUUGAAUGUUUGGAUGCUGUCAUAAACAGAUAUAGAAAGGAACAGAUUGUGGAAGGCCACACAUUAGUUAUGGCUGUGAGUAGGAAUAUGGAUGGAGAUGGAACAAUAAAAUCAAAAGAAGUACAGCAUGCUGAGAAGAUUUAUGCCACACUUCGUGAAUGCAGGGAACAAUCAGGGGUGAAGAAAAAUAAAGGCAUUAAAAUGCAGGGUUACCUCAACAAGAAGAGUGAGAAAAACAAGAAAUGGAAGUCAAUGUAUUUUGUGUUGUUGGUUGAUGGAACUGAUACUCAUUUAUAUUUUUAUGAUAAUCCAAAGCGUACAAAACCAAAGGGUCUUAUUGAUCUCAGCUGUGCCUACCUGUAUCAGGUCCAUGAUAGUGUUUUUGAUCGACCACAUUGCUUCCAGCUCGUUGAACGUGCACUGCCAUGUUUGGCUACAAUCACCUAUUUGUGUUCUAAUUCUGCUGACACCACACAGGACUGGAUAACAGCACUGAAGCCUCUCUGUGUAACACAGCAAACCAGAUCACCCAAGGUGCAAAGAUUGAGAGAGUUAAGGUGCCUGCAGCUGCAUAUUCUCGAUGCUCAUAGGUUGCCAUACAAGUUAGUGCCAAACCCUUUUUGUAUUAUAUCUCUUAAUCAAGUGAAAGUGGCCCGUACAAAGGUAAAAACAGGGCCAGAUCCAGUCUGGGAUGAGGAGUUUAUUCUGGAUGAUGUCCCACCAGAUGUUUUAACAUUCACUGUAACUGUGUACAACAAAGGAAAGCGUUCAAAGGAUACCGAAGUUGCUGAGUUGACAGUGGAGCUCAGUAGUUUGACCAAUGGGGAUGAGACGGAGGACUGGUACCAGCUGUCGGGCAUCACACCAAUCGGCGAAUGGGGCUCCCUACGUCUGCGCACAAGAUAUCUCCAUGACCUUAUAAUGCCACAAGAAGAGUACUCUCCACUGCAGCAGUUGGUACUGGAUCCAUCUCUGGAAGUGGUUCGAGCUUUGGCAGACACAUGCCACUUGGACAGAGCCCCACUAGCUACUUCUUUGCUGCGUAUUUUUAGGUAUGAAAGGAAGGAAGCUGACCUACUGAAAGCACUAAAUGAAGCUGAGAUCGAGAAAGAAGAAGAAACAUCUACGCUUUUCCGAGCAGCAUCUCUCACAACUACCCUUAUGGACUUAUAUAUGAAAUCUGUCUGCACUGGUUUUCUACAAUCAGCUAUUCAGGAUACUAUUUUAAAACUGCUUGAAUCGAAACAGUCAUGUGAGUUGAAUCCAACAAAGAUGGAAUCGCCCGAUGAUGCUUGUGCCAAUGCUGAGUUUCUGCUUCAAGUUCUCGAUGAAGUUACUCAUUCCAUCUUUAUGUCUGCCGAUGCUUGCCCAAAGACUGUAAGAUACAUCUGUGGCUGCUUGCAGAGGUCUGUAAUGAGCAAGUGGCCUCAUGAGAGACUUGUACGCACACGUGUUGUAAGUGGAUUCAUAUUCCUGAGGUUACUCUGCCCAGCAAUUCUGAAUCCUCGUCAGUUUAAUCUGAUAUCAGAGCCUCCACCACCUAUGGCUGCAAGAUCUCUUAUAAUGGUUGCUAAGUGCCUUCAAAAUCUUGCUAAUCUCAUUGAAUUUGGAGGGAAGGAACCCUACAUGGAAGUUGUCAACCCCUUUAUCCUCAAAAACAAAGAGCGCAUGGUUGUUUUCCUGGAUCAGCUGUCUAAUUUGCCAGAAAAGCCUGAACCUGAGGAGGCAAGAAUUAAAGGUGAUCCAGCUCGAGAUUUAGGCACACUUCACCACAUAUGUGUCUCACAUCUAAAGGAACUACAAGCCCUUAGCAAAAGCCAGGUUACUCUAAAGAAACUAGUCACUGUCACAGAAAUGCUGAGUAAGCACAAACAGAAGUACCUGGAAAUGAUAAGGUAGUUGUUUCAACAGGAGGCACAUCCAGUUUCCCAUAGUGAGUCUAUGUGCCAUUCUGCUUUUGGCAUUUGAGUAGGACAUGCUGAGGAAAGACUAUGGACUGUUGAAGAUGUAAUAGUUUGUGGCUGAAGAGUAAGAAACUUUUUGCAUCGCUUUUCUCAAUUGCCAGGACGAAUAUACUCAGGUUAUGUGAUCGUGUUAGAUAUUGUUAUCUAAUAUAUAUUUGAAAUGAACAAUAUAGCACAAAGAGUACUCAUCAGGAAGGCAACAGUACUAUACUGUUACUUAAUUCCUAGAUAUUUAGUUUGUAUACACACACGGAUGAAUGAAGCGAUUCGAUUGAACACCUUCGACUAAAGUAGAUAUAUGUUCGCAUAAGUAUGUGAUGAAUCUUUUUUAUUACAGUGAGAUUAAUUUUUAUAUUUAUAUGUUUCGUAGUGACUGUCUGAACCGAAUGAAAACUAUUUUGAAUGUAACAGUAAUGUAAAUAUUUUGAUGCAUUUUACCUUGUGCAUUUUGUACAGAGAAAUUAUAUAGCUUAGCUCAUUUGAAGAAAAAUAAUCUCCAGUGAACUAGUGAUUACAUCUUUGUUAACUGUCUUUUUUAUGUAUGAAAUUUUACAAUACAUCAAUGUGAUCUGUAUAAAGCAAUUCCUUGUGUAGUUUUUUUAAUUGAAUCAAAUACCAGUUGUACAUAAUAAGGAACAACUGGUAUACAAUUAUUUUCAUACUAUUUUGAUAAAAAAAAGAGGGUAUCAUUCUAAGGAAGGCCUGAUUGAGUAGUUUUUCCUUUGAAUAAAAUUUGCUAGUUAUAUUAGGCACUGAUGAACUUAAAAACAAGCAAAAAUAUCAUUACAGUGAGAUGUUUUGUGUGUGGAAAGAAGGAAGGGGAAAGGGAAGGCGGUAAUGCGUGUAUACUGUGCAGCAGACAUAAAACAGUAGGUAGGAGGUGGGGGAAGGGGGGUGAAGAAAGAAUGGGAAAAGACAGGGAGAAUAUAUUGUUACAGGGCAUUAAUUAUUACAAUAGUGACUCAAUUACUUGUAUCAGCAGCAAUGGUUUAUAAGAAAUUUCUUACUUCUAGGAAACCGUUUCCCUCAGUCACUGAAACCAUUUAAAUUGUUGUUUCUGAAUUUAAUGCUGUCAUCAUAUUAAAUGACAAAUGUGAAUUGCAGUUGAAAACUCUGAAAAUAUCUUGAAUAUGUGAUAAAUCAUCUUCCAUUAUGUCAUGGAGCAUGUUAAGCAGUUAUGAAAUAACAGAACACCUUUUGACUGAAUCUGAUUGAAAAGAUCAGUUGUUAGUAUUAUUGCUCAAAGUGAUACUGUAAAGCUGUGACAUCUCUGUUGUGAAUCCAUUAUAUUAUCAUCAGCAUAAAUAUUUUGUGUCCACUGAAGGUGUAGUCCUGGAACCUACAUAAAUAUUUUUUUUUGUUUGUAUUUUAGGUACCUUGUCUUUUGCUUCCAGUGGACAACAGCAUAAUACAGAUGUAACAGUUACUUCAUUCUUUGUAAUAAAAAAGUCAUUGUGAAUUCACUGCUCCAUUUUAGUGUUUGAACUGAAAUUACAGCACUAUAAGUGUGUGCAUUGUAUUUACUGAUAGACUUGGUGAUACAUAGACGUUAGACAUGUGGUUUGGUAGCCCACAUGCUAAGUAUGCUCUGAAAGUUCGAAUUCUUGCCUUUGCAAUGCUGCAUAUUUUAGAUUUACUAUAGGAACAUAAGCAUGUGAACUUUUUAAGAAGGAAAUGCUUCAGAAACUUUUUAUACAAGAAGAGACUGGAAGAAGCAUUUUCAUUAGUAGACAUUUUACGUAAACAGUUUCAUAAGUAAUGUAUUUGUCUUCCAUAGACAUGGGAUUAGAUAAUGUCUCUCACACUUUAAAUUCAGAUUAUGAUCUUGUCAUUUCUUUUGCAGCAUUCUAAUAUCAGUGAAUUGUUCCAUUUAUUUAAAAGAAUCAGCCCAGUAAUUUACAAAAAUCAUUAUGAUUCUGUGAAUGGAUGUGUUCCUCAGAUCCAUAAAGAUGAAUAAGAUGCUACCUAAAGUUCAAGGGAUUAAAAUAGAGACCAUGCUUGUUGUAAAUCUUUAUACUAUGAAAAGUUGCAUGCAUAGCUUCUGUUACCCAUUAUGUCUCCUAUCAUCAGAUCCUUAAAAGCUACAUAGCACAUGAACAUACAGUAAGGCUGCUCCACAAUAGCAAGGUCUCCUCACAAUUUCUGCUUUUCCCUGCACAGCUUUUUCUCAUUUAAAAACGUUAUAGAAUCACAACAGGUAUUGCAGCACACUAGAGAGCUCAUCAAAGGAGCUACAGAGCAGGGCUCCAGAGUGCAUGAAUAUGUGGAAGAUCAAGUGAGUCACUGUAAAUGUACCUAAGCAGAGGAAGCUGAAAAUUAGGGUAAGUAAUUUUCAUUAGUAGUGAAUGUCCCAGAACUUUUGGGUAGCACCACUUAAUUCCUGUAACAGGCCUAAGCUGUCAUUUUGAAAGUAAUUAGUAUUUUGCUUUUGAUGCAGAAGAGCUGUGUAUAAAGGCAUUCAUACAAAUCAUAGAAUCACAGGUUUUGUGCUGACUGUGGCUGGAAAUGGGAGCGUUUCACUCCAAUGGGGAAUAAUAGAUGUCAUAUAUAUUACACAGUUGAUUUAUUUAGUAACUAAAUGAUUUUCUGUGUGAUAUAGGAGAGUAAACAAGUUGCUUUUGGGAAUAGUGACAAGUACAUGGAACACACAUGACCAGAAUAUUUUGUGGUCUCAAAGUACAAACUUAUUUUUGUGAUGUGAAAAAUGAGAUUGCCUUUUUAUUGCAGUGCAUUAGAACUUCAUCUGUUGUCUUAUUUAUAACAGCAUAAAUAUUAUAAAUUUGAGUCAAUAAGCAUUAUGAACCCAGAAUUAGCCUUGUGGUGGAGGCAGGACACCUUCAUUAGAACUAGGUAUCGCAUUUGCAAUAGUUAACUUCAUAAAAGUAUACUUGCUGUACACAAUAAUUUUGUAAACACGAAAUCAAAUGAAUUGUACUUUAAAAAUCAGCAGUUAUAGAGACUGUUAUUAUAAC